AUGGCUUCUUCCGUUGCGUUGGUGGAGACUCAGGAAGGUGAUGUUGCAAAGGCGGCCGACAAAGCCUCUUGCGUCAAGUGCGGCUGCCCGACUGACGACUUCGACAGUCACUCGUUACAGUGCCGUCAGUGCUGGAACGUGCACCAGAUCCUCUAUCGACAUCUUGGUGGAGCACCGUCCACUUUGCAAUCGCUGCAGCCUGAUGAGCAAAAGAAGUUCUUCAAGGACGUGGGAAGCAAGAUGAAGAUCACCCCGAAGAACGGCAGGUGGGCACUUGUUAGAGCUGCCAUGGUCAAGAGCAUCACACAUUACAGGAAGGAAGAACGUGUCAACAGCGUCAAACGCAAAUUUUUGCCGUUGUCAGUGCUUGAGAAAAAGGGAUACGAUGUGGAUGCUAUCAAGGCUCAUGGAGACCGUCGCGAGGACGAGGUCUUUGGCGAGGUGUUUGCGGCACCCAUUCUGACUAUUUCCAAUGAUGAGAUUCAAGGAGAAGUUGAGCAAGAACUAGCGCAGAAGGAAUGGGCACUCAAGAGCAAGAAGAAAGGUGAAAGGACACAGAAGCCUGUAGCCAAUGGGGCCUCCGAUCAGGCCAUUCCUGUGGAGGACGAGGUCUGGGAAGUGCCGUCCGAUGAUGAGCCAGCCCGCGAGCCUGCUUCCAAAGCCCCUAAGAAAGGAGUCGACAAGGAGGAACAGCAGGCGGCUAAGGAGGCAGCGAAGCAGGUGAAGUUGCGGGAGAACGCGUGGCACAGGGAGACCGCCAAGGCCGCAAAGGUGAUUGGACCCUUGAAUACCGUGAUCAAAGCCUUGACAAGCGCGCAGCUUCGGACUAGCAAGAAUGAGGAGCUCUUUGAUACCAAAUUGUUGGAAGGCAUCACUGAGGCCUUGACGAAGUUGACUCAGUUCAAAACUCGUGCCACUGCUUUGAUCAGCGCCUCUGCGCUGCAGAAACUGGCAGAGAUGCCUCAGACAUUCGAGAAUGUGGCCGACGUGCAAGCGAACGUCAAAGCAGCGCAGCAGGUUCUGACCGAUGUGCGCAAGGUCUUCGCUGAGAAAGCUGAAGCCGCCAAGGCGGCCAAGGGAGAGGGUGCUCCCAAAGCGAAAGCUGGUGCGAAGAGUCUCAGUGUCAAGGGAGCUUCGGAGCGGGCUAUGAACGAACUCUGGAAUCUUCGGCAAGAUGAUGAAGGAAAAAAACUGACUCACAGUCAGUUUGGCCGCGUGGUCCAUGACAACUUGGAACCGUGGUUAGCUACUGCGAAGCACGUUCAGUUUGAUCGUCUGGAUGGAGGGAAGGUGACCUUACCCAUUACACGAUUGCGGCCUUGCUUGGAAAAGAUGACCGCCGAGUCUAAUGUGUCGGAAGAGUUUGAGCGAGGCUUUAUGUUGUCUGGAGGAUUGCAGUUUAAGCAAUCCUUAAAGGCCUUCUACCUUGCUGACAUGGAUGCCAUCAGAGGCACAUAUUCCAUCAAAGGAUCUGCAGGUUUACGACCAUGCAUCCAUUGUGAUACUCUCAAAAAGGAUUCUGGGCUUCUGGAGCACGAGGCAUCCUACGUCGACAUCAGCGCCUCAUCUGGAUUCAAUUUGAGCUCUGAUGCCUCCAUUUUUCGAGAAUGUGAUAGAAUGAAACAUUGCAGGACAAAGGCACAAUUGGACAUGCAUGAAAAGGCGACGGGCAUUGUUUAUGAUGUCGCGACCUUGAUGUUCUCCCAGUCAGAGCGACAAAAAAUGCCUCCGUCACGGAUCAUCUCUGACUUCAUGCAUGUCUAUCUUUGCAACGGAGUCGCCUCGUGGGAAGUGGCACUGCUGUUAGAAACGCUCUUUUCCCGGACUUCGUUGACAUUGGAUCUAUUGCAAGAGGCAGCAGUUUCUGACGCCUGGAAAGGUUCAAAAGGUGCAAAGAAAACCCCUUCGUAUCUCAAACACCUAUUUUCCCACAAGAACUUUGGCGAAGGACAUUACAAAGGAGAAGGUCAUCAAACGCGUGCCAUCCUUCCCCUGCUUCGUUUUUACUUGGAAACCAUGAUGGAACCUGCAGGCUCAUUGCCUGUUGAGUGCUGCAAAAGUUUCAAAAUUCUCUGCGAUAUCGUUGCGUACGUGCGACACCUUGCACAUGGCUUUCAGAGGGUGGACAGCAAAUCGAUGAGCCACCUGGAUGAAUUGCAGAAGAUACUACAAAAAAAUCUCGACACGAUCCUGAGGGUCGGAUUUCCCUUCUGGGAGCUGUUGUCGCCGAUCCAUGAAGCCGCUCUGGACGACAAGAUUUUUUUUGCGGCUGCAAGUCUUCAGACAAGCGUUCGUUGCCACCUUCUUGCAAGUGAACUUUGCGAGGGUGAUGUCGUGUGUUGGAAGCGUGAAGCUGGCAUUGUCCAGAGAUUUUUCAAUUAUCCUGGACGUGGUCUCUAUGUGCGCUACACCAAGUUGAACUUUGUUGAAGAACAAGGCUGGGGCACCACUUGGACCAGGACAAAAGAGAUUCUUACUCGUCUGAUCUCCACCUCGCAGACUCUUAGCAUUCCUCCUUGGUACAAGUUCUCGGCCGACGAGAUGUAUAUCACCUGCCUUCACUGA